UAUUAAUGAAAAUAACGACAGUAUGAUGUCAAAAGAUGUUUGUAAACAAUGUUACAAGAAAGUUGUAGAUAUUUAUGAAUUCCAUCAACAAAUUAUACAAGCACAAGAGAAGUUAAAAUUACAAAUUGCUGGAUAUAAUGAUCCCGAGAUGCAUCAUCAUAUUUUGUAUGAUAAUUCUUCUGUCGAUAACUCCGAGGAUGAAAAUGAUACCAAAACUCUUAGAAAUCUAAAAUCAAACUUAUUAUCAAGAACAGUCACCAAAUCAGAUUUAGUCCCAUCAACAAAACUGAAAUUAAAAAGAGUUAAAUUGAAAGAUACAGAUAAUCAAACAUUUCUCUGUGAUAAAUGUGGAAAAUGUUAUAAAACCAAGUACCAAUUAAUUUCACAUCUUAAGUCACAUAACAAUGAUAAACCUUUUAAAUGUGAUGAAUGUAGUAAAACGUAUAAAAAUCCAGCUGUUCAUCGGCAUAAAUUAAUACAUAAUGGAAUCAAACCGUUUGUUUGCGAAAUUUGUGGGAACAAGUUUCGCUUACAAGGAAUGCUCACAAUGCAUUCAUUAAUCCAUACGGGCGUCUUACCACAUGAGUGUAGUUAUUGUAAAAAACGUUUUAGACGCAUCGAUUUUCUGAAGGGACAUUUACGGCAGCACACAGGAGAACGACCAUAUUCAUGCACAGAAUGCAAUCAUUUCUUUUCAAAUGGAUCGAAUUUUAUAAAACAUUUAAAAGUACGCCAUGGGUUGCAGAAUGUUUCAAUUACAAAUCGCUUUCAAUUUCCAUUUAUUGAUACGUAAAAUAAUUAUUUUGGAUUUACAUUUUAUUUUUGAAAAUCCCAAUCAUUGUGUUUUUAUUGGAUGGCAAAGACAAAAUUCGAUGUUUUUUGAGUAAUUUUAGGCCAUAUUACCAUCGUCAUAUCUAUAACAUUUUAUGCUUGUAUUAAUGGAAAUAAAAUUUUUUUUAAUUUACUCCAUUAGUGAUAAAUUUUAGAGCCGAAUCAGAAUCACCGAACAACCGGAUUUGAGCGUAUAUCUUUUUUAUAUAGUAUUUGUGUGAAUGUAUGAACCCGUAUUUAUUCAACGAUUAAGCACGGAUUGGAGUAUAUUUUGGUAGCUCGAGGAGAGCCGGAUUAGAAUUUAGAUAAAUGUAGUUGAUAUGCUUUAAUAUUGUUAUCUCAAAAAAUGGUUAAAAUAUUGAACUUAGAAACGACCUAGAUAAAAAAUCUAAACUUAUCUACGUCUUUCAUGUCUAUAAUA